AGGGAGCAGAGCCGAACCUCUGGAUGUAUUCUUUGGAUUGCAGACACCCUUUUGAUUUCCACUGAUUCUAUACACGUAUAUAUUCUUUUUUUUUAUUAUUAUUUUUUAUAUUUCUCUCUCCACAUCUGUUGUUGAGAAAACAGCCUGCCGUCAUGUCUCGGUCUCCCGACGGUGUGAGCAAGCUGACUGAGAGCACAUUCAAGAAUGUGAUGGAGCAGUUGAACCCGGGUCUGAGGAACCUGGUCAACCUCGGGAAGAGCUAUGAAAAAUCAGUCACAGCUAUGACUCUAGCUGGAAAAGCCUACUUUGAGGCAGUGUCAAAGGUGGGAGAAAGCGCUAUUGUGUCUCCGGUCUCCAGAGAGCUUGGUGUUGUUCUCAUGGAGAUUGCAGAGGCCCACCGGAAGGUCCACAAUGAACUGGAUGACAACUUUAAAAGGUUCCACAGAGAUAUUAUAAUCGAGCUGGAGAAGAAGACAGACAUGGAUGUGAAGUACAUGAACGCCACUUUCAAGCGCUACCAGACGGAGCACAAAAUGAAGCAGGACUGCCUAGAGCGCUCUCAGACAGAUCUGAAGAAACUCAGGAGGAAAAGCCAGGCAAAACACUCCUCCAAGUAUGACAUCAAAGAGAACGAGUAUAUGGAGACCAUCUCAUCCCGCCAGAUGGACAUGCAGAAGUUCAUCGCAGACGGGUGCCGGGAGGCCUUGCUGGAAGAAAAGAGGCGCUUCUGUUUCCUGGCAGACAAGCACUGCAUGUUCUCCUACCAGUUCAGCAACUUCCACGAGAAGGCGAAGGAGAUCCUCUCCGCCAAGCUGCCCACCUGGCAGGAAAAAUGCAGCGACAUCACCAAGGUGCCGGAGACCGUGGCCACCAUGAUCGACGGCCUGUCCUCCUCCCCGGAACAAUCGCCCAUGGUCCAGCACCACAACAGGAACAACGUCAGGUCCAUGGACCCUCCUCCGGCACCACCCGUAAAGGCUAUCACCAGCCCGCUGGCCAGCAUGUUUAACCCUGAGCCCAAGUUUCCGCUGACCACCUCUUCGGAUCGCAACUCAGAUCAGGGGAGUCUCGGAGAGGAGAGGAGUUUGUCCAGAUCCACGUCCCAGUCCUCGGGACUGAACGUGGGCAGGAGGUCCAGGGUCAGGACCAUAUUCCCCCACACGGCGGGCAACAACGACACGCUCCUCAGCUUCGACGACGGGGACGUCAUCGCGCUCCUCAUCCAGGAGGAGAAGGACGGCUGGCUGUACGGAGAGCUGGAGAGGACACAGCAACGGGGCUGGUUUCCCUCAUCCUACUGCAGACCGUACGCAGAGUCGGUGAUGUCAAACAGCAGCAGCCUGAGCACGCCGGUGCGGAGGCGGAGCGUGGCCAGCCUGCCGGAGCAGGAGGAGGAGCAGGAGCCCGUGCUGCUGCCGCCGCCGGACUACAGCGACGCCGUCCCCUCCAGCCCCUCCAGCCCCUCCCUGACCACGCCCUCAUCACAGAGCCCGGUGUCCCUGGUGAACGGGAGUGGGAAGGCUCCUUUUCUUGGAGGAGGGAAUCCAUUCGCAACAGUCAAACUGAGGCCAACUGUCACUAAUGACAGAUCGGCGCCCAUUAUCUAGCACAUACCGAGGAGUUUUUUUUUUUUGCCACCACUGUUAAGCCUUCAAGGGAAUCGUACAACAUGGAACCUGCGUGACACUCCAAAUUUUUUCCCCAGACUGACAUUUCAUCAGCCUGCAUGCUUGUCUCUGUCAACACAGCCGAAAUAUCAAAGGGAUCCUCUGUUUUAUUCCCAAACGUGUGCUACAGGAGAAUAAGGAAUUGUGAAAGGACUCAUUCUGAAGUCGGUUCUCGUCCUCGUUUUAUCCCCAAUUUGUAACCAUCUGAUCAAUGUGAAUUUUGCAUGUUUUUUUUUUGGUUUGUUUUUUUUAAAUCACAUGCAAACACAAAAGCCUACCAUGUAAAAUACUAAGGCAGGACAAAGUAAAAAAAAAACUAAAUGAAGACGAGCACUGGAUGGUACACUUGCACCGCUCCCUGUGAAUUCCUCGGCAAACAGGAGCCGCCUUUCAUCCGAAAUCUGUCAGUAAAACUGGGCGUGAGCGUGGUUACAGAAUAAAUAUGUUGAUUGGGCAUAUUUUAAAAAAACAAUGAAAAUAUUAUUUAUUUCAUGAAAAUAUUCUUUCUUUAUGUGCCUGUCAGAAAACCAAUCCAGCACAAGAAUUAACCUUAAUUUUAAAUUUCAGUGCAUUUCUACAGUAUGGAUGAUUCACAAGUGCAGAAAGAAAGUUAAUUUAGCUGUAAUAUAUCUGCUUUUACAUUGUCUUGGGUUUUUUAAAGAUAUUUGAGCGGCCUACUUUCUACAAGGCAGAGGAGAAAGUGUCUUGGCUGUAUUUGUGGAAAGAAGUCCUGCAUCUACCCUCCUCUCAGAACUUUUGCACAGACUAAAUGGUGGACAUGUUCCCAAGCUGGUCCAGACGAAACAGACCAGCCUUCCUGACUUGCCAAAAAAAAAAAAGUACCCCAAAAAAUCACACUUUUCCUGUUUUUUAUUCUAAUUAUUUUUGUCUUUUCUUCUUUAGAAGAGUUAUAAGCAGACGUGGUGAAAAUGAAGGGAGAGUGACUUGUGUGGAACGGGGAUUAUCUUUCAAGUGCAGUUAAAACAUUUUUAAAUAUAUUUAUUAUCAGGAAGUUUUUAUGGAGUUUUUAAACAUGUAUAAAGACGGUUCUGUGUAGAUACCCCAUUGAAUGCAAGAACCCGUGUGCUCCGUCUGAGCACGGAUCUCACCCUGAUUUACAUUUUGGUAUGUACUUUGAACGGGUAAAAAAAAAAAAGACCUUUUGAUGAAGGAUAUGAAUUCACUCCUAUUUGUUUCACUGUUGCACGGUCGCAGAGUAAAGUGUGCAUUGCUGGGAGACAUUUGAACCGUAUCGGAACCUUGUUUGAAGCUCUUUUCUUUACUUCGUGUUUGCUCUCCUGAAUGUAAGUGUAUGAUUAAGGAGCUGAUUAAUCAAACAGCUUAUUGUUCCAUUUUUACUUACUGAUUGGAAGCAUACCCAUCUUGCUGACAUAGCUACUGCCAUAGGCUUUAUUCAGAGUACCUUGUCAUUGUGUUGACCAGUGUAGUCUCUUUUUUUUCCAAUAAAGCACAAACACUUCUGGACAUUCACCUUUUAUUACUGGUUUAUUUGUAAUAACAGUUUUUGACUUAUCUUUGUCUCAUUUUGGGGAUGAAUCACACAGGGUACAUUUACAUUAAGUAUACCUGAUGAGCUUCAAAACCACUCCCAUAAAAAUGAUAAAAGAAAUCAAAGUGGCGCAGGAAAAAAAAAAGUUAACUCAACAUUUGUCAAUAUGUAAAUCAUUAAAACAAUAUGUUGAGUGUCAUUCCCAUUUUUGUGAUUAUCUAAUGAGGCAAAUCCCUAUCUUUAGUGAAGCGCAUAUAUUUAAAUCAGUCAGAAGGAUUUGUUGUUUUCAUGCUUAGAUUUUGUUCUGCCUGCGCCUUAAACACUGUCCUUGUGCUGAAAACCUCUCUGGUGGCUGCUCUGCUCACAUUUAAGACCUUCUCCCAGCACUGGGAUCAUGUCUGUCUCACCAACAGAGGAUCUAACCGUGAGCCAAGCAGAAUCUGAGCAUGAAAUUAGGCAAUCCUAUGCAGUCUAAAAAAUAUGCACUUGAGCCAAGAUAAAGGGAAAGACCAGCUGAUCAGUUUUGGUUGAGACUAUAGCUUUAAAUCAGGGGGG